AUGUCAUCAGAUAUUAUGCCCAAUCUUUUCCCGGACCGGCCUAUUAGGCCGCUGCCGAAACGGAGGCUUCGAGAACGACUAUCCCCGCAGGUUGCAGAGUCGAUAAAAUACCCACCUUCAACGCUCAACUCGGUCCCCCUUUUUCAGUAUCCCUGCUCAUUAAAAGAAGAGGAAACUCAUUCAAACAUCGGAUUUACUAGUUCAUCUGGGGGCUUGCAACAAGCUGAGCCGGCAAAAAGUCUUCCAGGCCGCCGAAAUGGAGGGGCCAAUGGAACAGAUGGGAUAGAGACAGGAAGGAGCCGCUUCGUUACUAGAUCUGUGCCCGAAAUUCUGACUCGCGCGAUGCCUAGUUCUUCAAGACCAGAGCAAUCACGCUCAAGAAUGCAACCCGCUCCGUCGACUCCCUCGUCGGUUGAUGGUUAUGAUUCAUUUGAGAAUACGAACAAUAAGAAGAAACGGAAGAUCCCCUCAGCCGGUGAUUCAGCACUCAACUCGGCUCAUGGGCUGAAUAUCGAUAUGAGCUCACAUCCAACGUCUGCGAACGCAGGCUCUCCCUCUGGUGAAGUCAACGGUGACCAUUCGCUUUACAGUUCGGCGGGGUAUACCACGACAGGAAGCUUCGGCUCAGCUGGCCAGGGUAUAUCAGGGUCUGGGAGAGGCAGGCUUGGCAGGUCGAGGAAUUGUAGGAGUCCUCUACGAGCCCUCUCUGAUGGCAACAAUUUGUCAGCUUCCCGCGCCUCGAAAAGCGCUUCGCAAUGGUCUUCUGAGCAUCCCGGCUCCAGCGGUAUUAUUCGAAACGCAAUAGCGAAUGCGGGAAAACUACCCCCCCAAGGAGAAGAGAACGUGAGCCUCUUGCAACAACACUCUGUCAGGAGCAAAGGCACACCCUCCUCAUCCCAGUUCACUUUCACCUGCGACUCGCAAGUCACCGGCACAUUGCAUUGGCCCGCAGCCAACUCAUCCAGACAUGGCAUGGGCCCGCAGUCAGGGGCUGGCUUCAUAAACGGAGCUCCAGUGGCUCACCACGAGGACCUUACCAAGGCUGCCAAUCGCGACGCACGAAGAAAGACUCGCCGGCAAGCUGAAAAGGACAUGGUGAGAGCAGCAGAGGCUCGUCGGCAGUCAACUGCCAAACGGCAUUAUCUGAACCCCCCCAAACCCGAAGACUUUUGGAUUUGCGAGUUUUGUGAAUAUGAAGCUAUCUUUGGAGAGCCUCCGCGAGCUCUCAUUCGACAAUAUGAGGUGAAGGACCGUCGGUUCCGGCAAGAAGAAGCCGAUAGGAAGCGGCUCCUGGAGAAGGCGAAACAAAAAGGCAGGAAGGGCAAAAAGAAUGGGAAACCAUCUUCAAAGGGGAGCAGCAUGACAAAUCAGCACGAUUCAGCUGGCGCAUAUGAAACGAACGUGCCUCCGCGCAAUCAAUCAGGCAAUAGCCAGUCAACGCAGUCGGAGGACGAUGAGGACGAACAAGCCGCCGAGUCAGAAGAGACGUACCACACCCCUCGCCCAAGUAGGCCAGGAAAUGAAGAAGAUAGGGGAGGAGGCCCGAGUCGGAGAAGAGGAGUCAGCGUUGACAGCGGGGGGGCCGGCAUACCUCGGGCUCCGACACCCAAACUUGCAGUACCAUAG